GGAGGGUCGCUGGUGGGAGAGCAGGACACUAUGGCGCAGAACUUGUAUGGUCCACGGGUCCGGAUGGGAAACUGGAAUGAGGACAUCUACCUUGAGGAGGAGCUCAUGAAAAACUUCUUAGAGAAGAGAGACAAGGGAGAACUUCUCAUACAGAGAAACAGGAGACUCAAAGGGCAUCUUUUGAAGCAGACACAGCUUUCUGUAUCUCAAGAUGGAUACAUUCACUAUGGUGACAACGUGAUGCUGGUGAAUCCAGACCCUUCCGAUCCAGAAGCCGAUGUGUUUCUGGCUGGGGACCUGUGUGUAUGUUUGACUCCGGAUGAAAUUAAAGCCCACCUGAGUGAUGAAUUGGAGGUACCCUGUGGUCUGAGCGCAGCCCAAACCAAGAACCCAGUUAGUCGAAACACUUUCAUGAUUUUGAGUUUAGACAGAAAUGCCAUCGGUCAAGUCCUUAGAUACGGGGAGGACUUUUGCCUUGGCAUAAUGGGAGGAUCUGAAGACAAAAUGUUAUAUUUAGCGAGUGACCACCGAACCCUGCUGAAAUCAGCUAAGAAGUCUUGGCUUCAGGAAGUAUACCUGGUGGAGGAGUUCUCCUAUCUGAACUGCUGGCAGGCUGCCUAUCUUGACCCUCAACUGCGCCUGGAAUACGAAGGCAUGCCCGUCCCGGCAAAUGCAAAAAUCCUCAUUAAUCACUGUCACACAAAUCAGGGACUGGUGGUCCACCGGCAUCUUUUCAUAAGUACCUAUUUUGGUAAGGAGGUUGAGGUUGCUGCUCAUACACAUCUGGAUUUGCACAAAGCUGAAAAACCAAAGAAUCACUGGAUGCUGGUCACUGGGAAUCCCAGGAAGGACACGUCCACCAUGUUGGACCUGCCCAAACCCCGGGCGGAGAACACUGGCGCCAUGGAGCAAGCCAUGGGCCUUAACACGGAGAGACACAGCUAA